GCACCAUACGUAUAGUUUUUGCAGUUGAUCCACAUCUUCUCUUCUUCCUUCUUCCUUUCUUUCUUGCUUUCAGUUUAUAUAAUACAGUCAAAAGGGACACACACAAACACACAUAUAUAUAAGUAUAUAUAUAUAUUGUUCUUUCGAAUUCGCCAUACACUGUUGGGAUCCUUCAGUUUUAAUUAACAGAAAGAUAAAGAGUUCAGCUAGGCAUGGAGAAAACAAGCGUUACGAGUUUAGUAAGAACAAAAUCAGACCAAUUGGUGGAGACAUUGGCGGCAGCAUUCAAAUCUCCGCCGACAAAUGAGGCGGCUGCAGCAGGAGGAACGUCGACGGAGAGCAGCGGAACACUCUCUCGGAAAUCGAGCAAACGGCUGAUGGUGGCAGCCUCACCGGGGCGAAGUAACGGCAGCGGCAAGAAUACACACAUCAGGAAGACAAGGAGCGCACAAAUGAAGUUUGACUUGGAUGACCUCAACAGCGGCGCGGCUUUGAGUCGAGCCUCUAGUGCUAGCUUAGGCUUGUCCUUCUCCUUCACCGGCUUCGCCGUGCCGCAGGACGAGAUAGCCGACACCAAGCCAUUUAGCGAUGAUGAUAUACCCGAAGAUCUUGAAGCUGGAAUGCGUAAACCGAAGUUUCAAACAGAACCCACCUUGCCAAUUUAUCUCAAGUUCACAGAUGUUACUUACAAGGUGAUUAUAAAGGGCAUUGCAUCGACGGAGGAGAAAGAUAUCUUGAAUGGAAUUAGUGGUUCAGUAGAUCCAGGGCAAGUCUUGGCACUUAUGGGUCCUUCAGGAAGUGGAAAGACGUCACUCUUGAAUCUGCUCAGUGGCAGGUUAAUCCAUCAAACUGUUGGUGGUACAAUAACUUACAAUGACCAACCAUAUUGCAAGAAUCUUAAAAGUAGGAUAGGAUUUGUGACUCAAGAUGAUGUUCUGUUUCCCCACUUGACAGUGAAAGAAACGCUAACAUAUGCAGCCCGCCUCCGGUUGCCAAAGACAUUGACAAGAGAGCAGAAGGAAAAAAGAGCCUUAGAUGUCAUCUAUGAGCUAGGCUUGGAGAGGUGUCAAGAUACUAUGAUUGGAGGCUCAUUUGUCCGAGGUGUAUCAGGUGGGGAAAGAAAAAGAGUUUGUAUAGGAAAUGAGAUUAUAAUCAAUCCGUCUCUUCUUUUUCUUGACGAACCAACCUCUGGCCUGGAUUCUACAACCGCUUUAAGGAUAGUUCAGAUGCUACAAGACAUAGCAGAGGCUGGGAAAACGGUAGUAACAACAAUCCACCAGCCAUCAAGUAGACUAUUCCACAAGUUUGACAAGUUGAUCCUUCUCGGGAAAGGAAGCCUACUCUAUUUUGGAAAAGCAUCAGAAACGAUGCCAUAUUUCUCAUCUAUCGGUUGUAAUCCUCUUAUUGCCAUGAAUCCGGCAGAGUUCUUACUAGACCUUGCAAAUGGAAACAUAAACGAUGUUUCUGUGCCAUCAGAAUUGGAGGAUAGAGUUCAAAUGGGGAAUUCUGACAUUGAUACAGGAAACGGGAAACCAUCUCCUUCGGUUGUGCAUGAGUAUCUUGUGGAAGCUUAUGAGACGAGAGUUGCAGAAAUGGAGAAGAAGAAAAUUAUGGUUCCUAUACCUCUGGAUGAAGAAGUGAAGUUGAAAGUUGCUAGUCCGAAGCGACUAUGGGGAGCAAGCUGGUGGCAACAAUUUACAAUAUUGCUGUGCAGAGGAAUCAAAGAAAGAAGACAUGACUAUUUUAGCUGGUUGAGAAUCACUCAAGUUCUCUCCACCGCAGUUAUCUUGGGAUUAUUAUGGUGGCAAUCUAAUAGUCGAAGCCUGAAAGGCCUGCAAGAUCAGUCAGGGUUGCUUUUCUUUAUCGCUGUUUUCUGGGGAUUCUUUCCUGUGUUCACGGCGAUCUUUACAUUUCCUCAAGAAAGAGCAAUGCUUAAUAAGGAACGGGCAGCAGAUAUGUAUAGAUUGAGUGCGUAUUUCUUGGCAAGGACUACAAGUGAUCUUCCACUUGAUCUGAUACUACCAGUAUUAUUCCUUCUAGUCGUCUAUUUCAUGGCAGGCUUGAGAAUGAGCGCCGGUCCGUUUUUCCUUAGCCUGCUUACAGUUUUCCUCUGUAUUGUUGCAGCUCAGGGUCUCGGACUAGCUAUUGGAGCGACAUUGAUGGACUUAAAGAAGGCUACAACACUAGCAUCAGUAACUGUGAUGACCUUUAUGCUGGCUGGAGGAUACUUUGUCAAGAAAGUUCCAAUCUUCGUGGCUUGGAUUCGUUAUUUGUCUUUCAAUUACCACACCUACAAGCUUCUUCUUAAGGUACAAUAUGAGGAUAUAUCACCUCCCAUUAAUGGAAUCAGAAUAGGCAAUGGUGUAACGGAAGUCAGUGCCCUGGUGGCAAUGGUUUUUGGCUACCGUCUCUUGGCGUACAUUUCUUUGCGAAAAAUGAAGUUCAAUUGUGGAGUCUAUUAGGACACAGGUUUCAGAGGAACAUAAACAGUGACAAUUAUCCUCCAUUUCUUACCGCUCCAAGGGAUAUACUGCAAAGGUUCACAUCCAGGGCGUUUAAAUAGAACCGGCAAGGACACAUAAUCUCACCGUCAGAAUUUUGCCCCUAUUAGGUUCUUUCCGUUGUAACAGCACCAACAGAGGAUAAGAAGAUUUUCUUGUGGCCAAAUACUUAUGCCAUUACACUGCCAGAAGCUCAUGUUCACGCGCCGAUCUUUCCUUUUCUUUUUGGUUUUCUUUCUAUGCAGUGAUGUAAUAUUUGUCAAACCUAACUAAAGAUCAGUAGCCCAUUUAACUGAAUAUAGUAAUUUUCUUCCGAA